AUGCGUCGAACAUGUUUGAGUGCACCGAAUUCAGAGGACCAUGGCAUAAUCCAUACCAUAUUCUCGUACGAUACUAUCGUCAUGUUAGCUGCGAUUGUUUCUUUGCUUGUGGUAGUUCUCUUUGUUUUGUUGUUGCAUAUAUAUGCAAAAUGGUUUUUGGCUCAAGCCCAUCAUAGAGGUGGGACAUCUGUGCCGGUUCCGCAAGUAUUGGGGGCUCGGUUUCAUCAUUUUCAUACAUUAACAGUUGAUACGAAUUACGCUAUUUCUCCAUCCAAGGGUCUUGAAUCUUCUACCAUUUCUUCAAUUCCGCCAUUCGCGUUCAAAGCAGAAGAACACAAACAUGGUCUGCAAUGUGUGAUUUGUUUGAGUUUAUUCGAAAACGAAGAAGUUGGGAGAAGAUUACCAAAAUGUGAUCAUGCAUUUCAUGUCGAAUGCAUUGAUAUGUGGCUCCAUUCUCAUACAACAUGUCCAAUUUGUCGAGCUCCCGUUGUAUCUGACAGUGCAAAUUCUGCAGAUUCAAGUUCACCACAAAACGAAGAGAUUCUGAAUCAGGGGUUAUCAGAGACAAAUCUAAAUGAAUUGUGGAUCAGCCAUGCGGAUACUACAUUGGAAAUUAUAGUGGGAGAUCCGAAUUCAGAAAUCGAAAAUGUAGAGAUAAAUGAUUCAUCAUCGUCCAUCGGGAGCUCCCUGAAGAGAAUGUUUAGCAGGAACAGAUCUGAGCGGAAGUUUGAUUUACCGAGCAACGGCAAUGAAUCAAAUAUUUGA